CGUUGACAAUGAAUUGUUUGUUUCAGUUUAGGAAGUAUGAAGGUUCACCGGAGAUACACAGAAACAUCCGUUAACCUCCAAAACGGUUUUGUAGUGAUAGAAAAAUAAGAAAAUAUCGGAGUGAGUGUGAUGGAUCCUCCUCCACCUUCCCAUGUAUCAUCACCUCAACAAAACCCUAACCAUGAUAAUAUUCAAUCCGAUUCAAUCCCCAAUUUCGACCAAAACCCUAACCCUAACCUCAGCCACUACCUUUCUUUAUCCGUCCCAAAGAAGAGAAGGCGCGGCAGAUCCCAACGCAAUCCGUCGUCGUUUCGUUCACCUUUCACUCUCAAUGCCUCUUCUCUCAACAACGAUCUCACCUCUUCAAUCAGAAAUCCACCCUCAUCGUCGACGCAAUUUCACGACUUCUCCGAUGAGAUUAUUAUGAUAAACAAAGAAGCCAAAACGGAGGCAUUGAUCGCACUCAGCGCCGGUUUUCCGGCCGAUUCGCUUUCGGAGGAAGAGAUUGAAACCGGAGUUAUCCCUGUCAUCGGUGGAAUCGAACAGGUGAAUUACACUCUCAUUAGGAACCACAUUAUUGCUAAAUGGCGUGAGAAUGUUUCGAUUUGGGUUAAUAAGAAAAUGUUUACUGAUUAUAUACCUCAACAUUAUCACUCACUUUUGGAUUCUGCUUAUAAUUAUUUGUUAUCACAUGGUUAUAUCAAUUUUGGUGUUGCUUCGCCGAUUAAGGAUAAAAUUCCGACCGAACCUAGUAAGCCUGGUGUGAUUAUAAUUGGUGCUGGCCUUGCUGGGUUGGCUGCUGCGAGGCAGUUGAUGCGGUUUGGGUUUAAAGUGACGGUGUUGGAAGGGAGGAAACGGGCUGGUGGACGGGUUUAUACUAAGAAAAUGGAGGUAGGGAAUAGGGUGGGUGCAGCUGCUGAUUUAGGUGGGAGUGUUUUGACAGGUACUUUAGGGAAUCCUCUUGGGAUUGUGGCUAGACAGUUAGGUGAUUUGCUUCAUAAGGUUAGAGAUAAGUGUCCCCUUUAUAGUGUGGAUGGAAAGCCGGUUAACCCUGAUAUGGAUGUGAAAGUUGAAUCUGCUUUUAAUCGUUUGUUAGACAAGGCAAGUAGGCUUCGGCAAUUAAUGGGGGAGGUAUCUGUUGAUGUGUCUCUUGGAGCAGCGUUGGAAACGUUUAGGCAAGUGUAUAAGGAUGCUGUGAAUGAUGAGGAGAUGAAGUUGUUCAAUUGGCAUCUUGCAAAUUUGGAAUAUGCAAAUGCAGGUUUACUAUCACAUCUUUCACUUGCGUUUUGGGACCAAGAUGAUCCCUAUGAUAUGGGAGGAGAUCAUUGUUUUUUGCCUGGAGGAAAUGGAAAGCUGGUUCAAGCCCUGGCUGAGAAUGUGCCAAUUUUAUAUGAGAAAACCGUACAUACGAUUAGGUACGGAAGUGAUGGAGUGCAGGUUAAUGCAGGAAGUCAGGUAUUUGAGGGUGAUAUGGCAUUGUGUACUGUUCCGCUGGGUGUGUUGAAGAAAGGAUCUAUCAAAUUUAUACCAGAGUUGCCUCAAAGAAAACUUGAUGGGAUUAAAAGAUUGGGUUUUGGUCUACUGAAUAAGGUUGCUAUGCUCUUUCCUCAUGUGUUCUGGGAGAUGGAUCUUGAUACAUUUGGGCAUCUUUCUGAUGAUCCAAGUCGUCGUGGGGAAUUUUUUUUGUUUUACAGUUAUGCAACAGUUGCUGGCGGUCCCCUGUUGAUUGCUUUAGUGGCAGGAGAAGCUGCACAUAAAUUUGAGAGCAUGCCCCCUACAGAUGCAGUAACAAAGGUUCUUCAUAUUCUGAAGGGUAUCUAUGAACCAAAAGGAAUCAAUGUUCCUGAACCUAUCCAAACUGUCUGUACUAGAUGGGGUAGCGAUCCCUUCUGCUUUGGUUCUUACUCUAAUGUUGCAGUUGGAGCUUCAGGGGAUGAUUAUGAUAUUUUAGCUGAAAGUGUGGGAGAUGGUAGACUUUUUUUUGCUGGGGAAGCAACCACUAGGCGCUAUCCUGCUACUAUGCAUGGGGCUUUUCUAAGUGGUCUAAGAGAAGCAGCAAAUAUGGCCCACCAUGCUAAUAUUAGAUCAAUGAAUGUGAAGGUUGAAAAGCCCCCUUCAAGCGCUCAUUCUUGUGCUUCCCUUCUUGCAGAUUUAUUUAGAGAACCUGAUAUAGAAUUUGGGAGUUUUUCUAUCAUUUUUGCUCAGAAGAAUGCAGAUCCAAAGUCACCUGCAAUCUUGAGGGUAACAUUUGGUGAGCCUAAAAAGAAGUAUCACGAAGUUGCCAAACAAGACCAACAACAACACUCAAACAAAUUACUUUUUCAGCAGCUUCAGUCACAUUUUAAUCAGCAGCAGCAGCUUCAUGUUUACACUCUGCUGUCAAGACAACAGGUUCUUGAUCUACGAGAAGUAAGGGGCGGUGAUGAAAUGAGAUUGAAUUACCUUUGUGAAAAGCUAGGAGUGAAGCUGGUGGGAAGAAAAGGAUUGGGGCUGAAUGCUGAUUCUGUCAUUGCUUCCAUUAAAGCGGAGAGGGGCAAUCGUAAACCUGUUUCAACCUCUAUGUCUCUUAAACCAGGGUUGUCAAAGAUAAAAGCAGGCAUUAUAAAGCGAAAGAUAAUCAGAAAGGCAAAGGUGGUGAAGAAAAGCAAUGAAUCCAUACCCCGUGCAAGCAUGAAUGUAGGGAGUGCCAGUAGAGUAUCAGAAGAGAAUCGGAUAAUAGACCAAGUGAUUCCUGAUGUGUUUGUUUUAGGGAACAAUCAAAAUGACUUGGCAAACUCAAAUCCAUAAGGGGGUGACAUUUCUUCAUCUGGGAGUAAAUUGCAGAAAGACUAAGAUGUCAUUCACUCACCCAGCUUCCGUCGGAUCAUAAGGUGUCAUUCUUUGUAUCCUCAGUAGGAUAUCAGUAAUACUUCUACAUUUUUUAAUGAAUGGUAAUUUGUAAGAAAUGCAUUUGAAUGUUGUUCUAAAUGAUAUUUUGUAAAUGAAUAAAUUAUAAUCAUACUACUGAAUGCUAGAUUUUGAUGACAAUAUUAGAGUAGGCCCAUGCAUGAUGAGCAGGCAUCUUUUGACAAUUUACAAGGCACCAGCUGUUUAUCAAAGUUUCAUACAUAAACCUUGAGUUAGCUUUCUUCGGCUUUGGUGUCGGCGUAUCAUCUCAGUGCGUUUGUUCAACAUAUAGGAAAUGAUCUGACUUGCAAAAACACCUUCGGCGCUGAGAGUACUUUGAUGCAGAUUACUGGCAAUUAAUCAACACUGAUAACAAUGUUUACAUUGCCUUGGUCUAUGUAGCCCCGCCUCCUAAUAUGCCUGGUAUCGUUGGAUUUGCUUACCAGCCAAGAGAUGAACUUGAGUAUACCUGACAGCACUGUUACAGGUUUCAACAUGCUCACGUGUCCUGCAAAUUGAGUUUGGCUACUGUCCUUUUUGUUUCGGUGCAGCCUUUUAGGGCAGUAACAGGAAAACUGAAAUAUAGUUUGUAUAAGUUCCUUUUUUUUGGUGCGCUUGUUUUAUGAUUCAUGAGGACAUGAAACAGCAAGCUGUAACAUAUAAUUUAUGAUCUGAAAACAGUGUUCCUUAAUUUUUUUCCGAAGUAUUUUUGUGUGUAUAGAAGAUGGUAACGGUACAUGCUUUGUAAGGAUGAUCGUUGUGAAAAGAAAUAAAUAGAAAGUUAGAAAUGUA